AUGGAGAAAAGGCUGAAGCUGGUCGUCGUCGGUGACAGUUAUGUUGGGAAAACUACGCUAUUGUUUGCAUACACGGAAAAGCAAUUUCGUAGUGUUUACGCGACAACAGUGUUCGAUAAUUGGUCGAUAUCGGUAAAUAUCGAGAAUCGCAGCUAUACGGUGAAUUUAUUCGACACGGCUGGUCAAGAGGACUACGCCCAUUUACGAUGCCUCAGUUAUCCGAACACCGACGUGUUCCUGCUUUGUUUUUCAAUGGUCGACUCAAAGAGUUUGGAUGUUUGUCAAACAGUAUGGAUGCCAGAGAUACGUAAAUACGUCGGUGAUAACGUGCCCGUGUUACUUAUCGGCACAAAAGAGGACCUUCUUGAUUCUGCCCAGGAACAGGAUAAGGUCUCUUUUGAUACGGCACGGAAGGCUGCCGCUCAGAUGGGUUGCGUGAAGUUUCUUUCAUGUUCCGCAUUGACUCAUAAAGGUCUAAAGCAAGUAUUCGACGAGGCAUUUCUUGCCGGUCUUGGAAUCACCCUGAAGGAUGGCUUCAGGAAACCAUGUUGUCGUAUUUUAUGA